UUCGUUAUCGCGUCAGUUUUUAUCGGGGUCUAUACACUCGGACAUCACCAAGCUCACUGCGCUCACUUACCUGGAUUUCGGCUACAACCUUUUUCAGUCUACUCUGGUUGGGCUUGCCACACCCAUCAAAAGCGUGACCUAGGCCUCUCCUCCAACUACCUCACGGGCACCAUACCUCCCCUCCCUGCCUCCCUGCUCUCUUUGGACGUGGCCUUCAACUUCCUCUCGGGCUCCUUCCCCCAGCUCUCUCUCUCUUACUGUACAGCCAACCAGAACUGCUUCCUCAACUCCUCCAACUGCUGCACCUACAGCUCGCUGCAGCGCCCCACCACUGCCUGCGCCAUCUGCGGCACGACUGACGGGCAGGGAGCGCUGUGCGGUAGUGGACUCUGUGCCCCCAGAAGCUCUGUGUAUGCAGGCAAUGGGACUAUCAACGUCCCCUCGCUGCCGCCGGUUUCCAUGGCCUGCCAGGGGAAUGCUCCUCUCGUCCUCAUGAACGCUGCCUCAGUGUCCGCGAUGCUAUCCAUCAAGUCAUACUUUGGCUUGACAUACACAGACUGGACCGCCUCCACUCUCUGUGUGGUGGGUACUUCACCUGUCCAGAGUGGAAUCACCAGCACCUGGACUCGUGUUGAUUGCUCCGCUGACGGAUCGCCUGCAACAGC